UGAAGAAAUUGCUUCCUAUGAAGAGUAAAAGUACUUGAUUCUGAGAAAACUUAAAGCACUUCUAACUUCAAAGCUGGAGAAAAGCAUGAGGGAACAAUCCAUCUGAUUCAGCAUCUCACACAGAACACAAAAUGGCUCUUCAAAAGAAAACUGUUGCUGGUGUCUUGGAGGAGUGGUGUUUGGAGGAACCACUGUUCAGUUGCAGACGGCACCAGAAUGUUAGGAAAAAACUGAGACUGAUACGAAUUAUAGGCCUUCUUGUCAGUGUAGUGGCCAUGAGCACUUUCUCUUUUUCGAUUAGUGCCUUUUUCAAGAUGGAACCACAUAGCAUGGCAUUGGCCAGCAGCCUAGAUAGCCAAAAGCUGGUGCACGGGCACCAAAGAACUCUGUUGGAUUUCACGGAACAGAAUGGAAACGACAGUCCAGACCCAUACACUGCUAUGAAAUAUGAAGCUGAAUAUGACAAUGCAACAGAUGGUCAUGCCAAGGGAGAGUACCCCAAGGACCUUUUCUCUCUUGAGGAGAGAAGGAAGGGAGCAGUGAUCCUCCAUGUAAUUGGAAUGAUUUACAUGUUUAUAGCCUUAGCCAUAGUCUGCGAUGAGUUCUUUGUUCCUUCCUUGACUGUCAUCACAGAAAAACUGACUAUAUCUGAUGAUGUGGCAGGGGCAACCUUCAUGGCUGCUGGUGGGUCAGCUCCAGAACUGUUCACUUCUUUAAUAGGAGUGUUUAUAUCCCACAGCAAUGUUGGCAUUGGUACAAUAGUGGGAUCUGCCGUGUUCAAUAUUCUGUUUGUUAUUGGAAUGUGUGCUUUAUUUUCUAGAGAGAUCUUGAACCUUACUUGGUGGCCACUCUUUCGAGAUGUGUCCUUUUACAUCAUUGACUUGAUCUUGCUGAUCAUCUUUUUUCUGGAUAACUUGAUCAUGUGGUGGGAAAGCUUGACACUCCUGACAGCGUAUUUUUGCUAUGUGACUUUCAUGAAGUUCAACGUUCAAGUGGAAGAAUGGGUGAAGAAGUUUUUAAACAGGAACAAGGUUGAGAAGGUAACAGGAACAGAUGCUGAAGGAAAG